AUGGCGUCAAGAGAUUUACCACAUAGUUUCAGAGAAGCCUUCUUUGGAUGGGCAGAAAGAAUUCCUCUGGAAAUCACCAUACUUAAAUCUAAAGAACAACUACUUGCUGAAGAUCUACACAACCCAGACUUUCACUCCAGACAUGAAGGUUCAAACUCAUCCAACAAAUCUUCAUCAUCAGAAUUCCCAGAGGGUGAAUCGGAUUCAUAUGAGGCACCGCCAUCAACAGUUAAAUUCAAUAACUUGUGGCCUGCUUUUGCUUCAGGUGCCGGUUUGUUCUCCGAUGGUUAUGUCAACAACUCCAUAUCCACAGUUUUGUCUUGUUUGAAGAUGAUUUACGGCGACGAAUUUUCUAAAAGCAAUGCCAUCAACAACAUCAGUUCUAUUGCAUUCGUUGGUACUGUGGUUGGACAGUUGAGUUUUGGUUACAUUUCCGAUAGAGUUGCCAGACGUGGUGGUAUGAUGGCGGCAAAUGUCAUGUUGAUUGUAUUCACUUUGUUGUGUGCUGUAGGAUCCUGGGGUGCUACAACCCAAGGGUUCUUUGCAUGCUUGACUGUUUGGAGAUUUUUUUUGGGUGUUGCUAUUGGUGCUGAAUAUCCAACAAGUUCAGUUAUUGCUUCGGAAUUUGCCAAUCAAUUACCAGCUGGUCACAGAAACAGAUACUUUUCCUGGUUCACCAAUGCUAUGAUUGAUUUUGGUUUUGUUGUGUCCGCAUUUGUGCCAUUUGUCUUGAUUUGGAUUUUUUCCGAACGUCACUUACGUGCGUUAUGGAGAGUCACUAUUGGAUUGGGUGUCAUUCCGCCAUUGGCCUUGUUUUUCAUUCGUUUGAAAAUGAGUGAUUCAAAAACAUUUCAAAAGUUGAAUAUGAAACAUGUUAGAUAUAGAGAUUAUCCAUGGUGGUUAAUUGUCAAAUUUUAUUGGUUUAGAUUGACAGUUGUUUCAUUGAUUUGGUUUAUUUACGAUUUUUCUGCUUAUUCCUUUGGUAAUUUCAACACAAUCAUUAUUGGUGAAAUUAUUCCAGAUGCACCUCUUUGGAGACAAUGGGGUUGGUCGGUUGUGUUCAACUUGUUUUACAUCCCAGGUGCCUUUCUUGGUGCAUUGUCCGGGGAUUACUUUGGACCAAGAUUAACCUUAGCUUUUGGUGUCGGUUGUCAAGGAAUUAUUGGAUUUGCCAUGUCUGCACGUUUGGAGUCUUUGAAGAAGCACAUUGCUGGUUUCGUUGUUGUCUUUGGAAUCUUCACCACCUUUGGUGAGUUUGGACCUGGUGAUAACAUUGGUUUAUUGGCCUCCAAAACCAGCGCUACUGCUAUUAGAGGUCAAUAUUAUGGUAUUGCUGCCGCUAUUGGUAAGAUUGGUGCGUUUGUUGGUACAUGGGUAUUCCCAGCUAUCCAAAAGCAUUACGAUGGUCAAGGAAACAAGGACUUACAAGUUCCAUUUUAUAUAUCAUCAGCAUUGUGUUUGUUUAGUGCCGGUUUGGCCAUAUUCUUUUUACCUCAUGUUGGUCAAGAUGCUGUCAACAAAGAAGAUGCUGAUUUUGUUGACUACUUGAAAUCGCACGGAUUCGAUAUUAAUCUUUUGGGUGAACCCGGUGUCGUUACUGAGAUGAUUGCUGAAGAACACAAGAGAAAUCCAAAUUCAGUUAAUGCAAUUGAUGGUGCUAUUGGCGGACAUGCUGCUGGUGCUGCCGAAUUUACCGGUCUGGAAAUCUUGGCAUAUGAUUCAUUGGGAGAGAGAAAGGAAGAUGCUGAUGUACAGCAAAAGAGGGUCAAACAAUGA